AUGCAUGGGCUGUACAGAAAAAACCAGCUGAGCGCACCCGAGGAACCACUGUACGAAAUAAAACCGAAGUAUUUUAACGUACCAACUUAUCAUGUUAAAAAUAACACCAAUGAAUGCUUCGAGAGGGUGUCAAACAAUUCCUGGUAUGAUACUAGCAGUUUUAGGAAGAAGAAAGGUGCGUUUUUAUUUUGCAGAGAAUUGAGAAACAUCAAUUGGGGCAGCAGCCACGAUGCAGUGCAGACCAACUUGAGUGAUGAGCCACACCAUGGGGUUGCGUCUUCUAUAAGUGGUGCGCUCCCAAUGCAGCAAAACAGUGGAGACGCCAAGAAUUUAGACGAAUGCGGUAAUUUGCCCCAAGAUGUGGUAGGUAGUAGCAACCCAAAUGGAAAAGCAUCAAAUGGAAAAGCAUCAAAUGACAAAGCAUCAAAUGACAAAGCAUCGAAUGAUAAAACAUCAAAUGACAAAGCAUCAAAUGAAGGAAAAAAAAAAAAACAAUCCCUUCACCCAACGAUGGAGUAGCUCCCACUGGCAGCUUGUUAACCCUUCACGCCAGAAAAAAAAAGAUGCAUAAAUUAGCAAAAAUGCCUAGUGCCAAAAAAGCAGAUAACGUUAAAAAUGAAAAAUGGACUCCUGAAAGUUGUAAGUCUUUGGAGCAUGAACACGCACAAAAAAGGUAUACCCACAAAUGGGAUGCCACCCAUUCGGUUAGCGGCAAGGUGUACAAAAAGAAACAAACGAGCGUUGAUCUUUGGAAGUACAAAAAGGAGGACAGCUUAAAGGGAUGCACUUUGCAUGAACAGGUCAACGAGAAAAUCAUUUCCAGCAGACUAUCAGUCGAAAAAGAAAUUAUGUGCAUGCACAAAUUGGCCAUACUUCCCGUAGAAGACAAAAUGAGGUCAGAAAAAAACGGAAAAGGACAAUUGGGAAAUAAUUUUAAAAAGAUAAAAGAGAAAAGCGUUCAGAGGAGGGAAAACUUAGCGGGGGUGUUACAGAUGACUCCUUCCAGGGGAGAGCCAAAAAAGGAGUCUCUUUUCCGCUCCUACCUCCCUUCUGAGGUCGCAUCCGUUAGUGUGAUUGCAAGUGGAGGUUACACCCAUGGGGGGAGAAAAAUUGAAGAGAAAACCACUCCAAUGGGGGAAGAACAAAUAAGGGGGAUGAUUUUUCAUCCCACUGGGAAUGCCAAAUCGAUGGCUAGAGAAAUUGCCCUGAGCAAAGGAACGUACACAGGUUACCAACAAAAGGGAAGACGCUUCUUGGGGGCACAAAAAAUGCUCCUAAACGAAGGCAACCAGGGGGGAAAAGCUAAAGAGGGGGGAUUACAAGAGAGAGUCUCCGGAAUGCCCACCUGGAACUUCGCAGUAGAAUCACCUCACCACGGAGAAGGUACCCCCCCAAAGAACAAACGAAUCACCGAUUCGCUGGAGAGAACAAAUGGGGUGCAUACAAAAAAUACAUGCUCAUCAAAGUACUUCUCCAAAAAAAGACCAACCGCAGAAUGUAUGAUGAUUGAAGACGCAGAUGUAAAUAAGCCUAAACAGGAGGAAGAGGAGGAGGAGCAGCAGCAGGAAGAACGAAUCAUUGGGGUGCCCACAAAUGCACCACGACAGAAUAAAAAUCUGCUCCUGUUAGACGAGUCCAGGAAUGAACAGAUCUUUUUCGACUCCCUUGUUAACACCAAAAUGUAUUUUAGAAUCGACUUUAAGAUAUAUAAGCCCAUUCUUAUGAGGGCAAUUACCCAAGUGAGGGUGUAUUCAAAUGAGAAGCUACUUCAGUGCGUUUACAUAAAGGAGUACCCCCAAAAUUUUUCUGUAGUUGUGCAAAGUGCUGUCCGAAUGUGCAACGGAAAAGUGCUAGCCAAAAUGAAAAAUAAGUUAAUUAAUAUCAAAGAAACAGGGGUUCUGAAUUUUACGUAUCUAAACAAUGAAAAAGUAAUUGGGUGUUCCCAUAUUAGCAUUAAGCAUUUAGUAAGUUCUGGAGUGGAAGGAGGACUUUUCAUUCCAGUAGAUGAGCACAUGGAUUGUAGAAAACAGAAAAGCUCAAAAGAAGCGUUUGUGGUAGGUCCUCUCCUCCCAUUUGGGAGACAAGAAAUUAACGUUUUAAAGUCCAAAAUUUUUGUCAACUAUAGGAUUGACUGCCCCAGAAGUAUGCAUGAUUUUAUUGCAGCGGGUGAAGUGGUGACAGCUAAGGCGAAAAUUUCCUUCUUGGAGGACAUGGUUAGGCAAAUGUAUAGCUUCAUACAAGAUUCGGCGCUGCUCAGGUUCGUGAAGGGUGCACGGGUUGCACAUGGGAGAAGUGAAUGUGGCGCCUGGAAUGGGGGGGCAGCUAGUCCGCGGAUGCCCUCCUUGGAGUACCAUGCGUCGAAAGAAGCCGCCAAAGUGGAAAACGAGGACCAACACACAGAAGGAGAAAAGCACUCAGAAGGAGAAAAACACACAGAAGGAGAAAAACACUCAGAAGGCGAAAAACACACAGAAGGCGAAAAACACGCAGAAGGCGAAAAAUACUCAGAAGGCGAAAAACACUUAGACGGUGAAAAACAAUUAGACAGCGAAAACACCCGCGGUAGAAGCGAUCAUAUGGGGAACGACGAUCUGAGCCAACGCGAGAAGGGCAGUCCCCCCAGCGCUCUCAACGGAGGAAACGCCUCGGAAGGGGGUGGCGGAGAGACUGAGGAUCAUCUCCCCAUUAGGAAAUCCCCCCAAAAUGGAGAAAGGGAAGAUGCAUCAGAUAGGAAAGAAGAAGAAGAAGGGGAAGAUAAAAAUGAGGUGGCGCAAAAAUCCAAGAGCACUGAUUUACAGGAAGGACGUUGCGAUAAUACGCCUAGCUCGAACCAUAAAGAUCCUCCUUGGUGUGAUGGUAUAGCCACAGGUGACCUACGAGGAGAGGCACCCAAUCGCAUUAACCUAGUGGAAGAUGUGUUAAAAUCGAAACGGGAAGGGCAGGGAACGUGUAACUACCAAGUUGUGGAUGGCAGCUGGGGUGAACGGGAUAACCCCCACGUGGAGAGCACCCCCCAUGGGAAGACACACAAUGAGAGUGCAGAGAGUGUAGAGAAUGAAGAAAAUGCAGAAAAUGCUGCGAAUGCUGAGAAUGCUGAGAAUGCUGAGAACCCAUCGAAAGGGAGCAAAGAUGAAGCAGAGGAAGGCGGCACGAACAGGUGUUCCCCCAAAGGGGUGCCUACUAACCCUAAGGGAUCAAAAACAAAUUACUCAUUUGAACAUAAAAAUAAAAAAAAGCAAAUAGAACAACUACAGAGCAUCAUAGCGGAGUAUAAAAAAGAAUUAGCAGAAAAAGUAGAGGAGAUACAAAAAUUAAAGCAUUCAAAUAAUAACACUAAUAUACUCUACAAAGCCUGUUACAGGAAAUUACAGGAAAUUGAAAAUGAACGGAAAAGGACAGAUGCAAUGAAUUUCCUACUAAGACUUGAUGAUUCCUGUUCUAAUAAGUUAAUCAAUCGUUUGGACACAAAGAAAGGUCUCCCAAAAAGAAAGGCAUAUACAGAAAUUGACUCAAAUGUAGUGAUGGGCCAUGGUGUGCGAAGGGUAAACUCGCUGCGAAGUGCCUUAGUUGCGCUAAACGGUGAAGAGAACAACAUGGGUGGAAAUGCCAUCCGUAGAAGCGGCACUGGCACUGGAACCGUCACGGGAAGCAGCACCUAUGCAACCACGAUGCGGAGUCUCCCCCCAGCGGGGAAGGAAAAAUUGAACAAAAAGAAGCAGACCAUCCGCACCGAGUCGGUCAACAAGGCAAUUAUGAAUUUAUUCGACGCUGAUUUGGGGAAAAACUCCCUGGUCGAAAAAGUCGCCACACGGAGGGGACCCAUGACGGGUAAGGGGGGCCAUGUAGACCAUUACGAUGACCAUUACGAUGAUCACCACGAUGACCAUUACGAUGACCAUUACGAUGACCAUUACGAUGAUCACCACGAUGACCAUUACGAUGACCAUUACGAUGACCAUUACGAUGAUCACCACGAUGACCACCACGGUGUCUACUACGAUGCCCACCACGGUGACCGCCGCGUCCUGAGGAACUACCAAAUUAAAGAAAAAAAAAUUGACGCACUUGUAAAAGAAAAUGAAUCGCUAAAGGAACGAAUAAACAAACUGACCUUAACCGAUGCGGAAUGCCCCAGCAGAAUAAUACCACUCAAAAAUGUUUAUUCCACCACAAGGGCAAAGGACAAAUAUAGGACCCAGAAACAUGCGAAAUUAAGAAGCGUUGAGCAGGACUGCACAAACUCAAACUACCUGGAGCAUUCGUGGGGAGAGAAAAAAAUUUACAACUACACUGGGGUGAGGAACAAGUAUAGCAGUAACAGCAGAUUUAACUUCCCUCUCAAUUUGAUUAAAAGUUAUUCUCAUGAUCCCAUUGCGCACAGGGACGUGGACAACAAUCAGUCCGGGUGCUAA